UGAGCGCGUCGGGCAAAUCAGAGGGUUCCCCGUGGAUAGAGGCGGUGCACCUGGUGCUGCCACCUGUCAUCCCGCGGUCCUCCUCCCAGGCCACGUGGGACGCGCUACAGGCGCCAGACGGCACAGCUGGCAUGGAGCCUAUACUGGACGGCAAAUGGGAGGCGGGCUUUAAGAGGACCAAGCGGGUGUUCUCGUGCCUGCUGCUUCUGGGCUGUCUCCUCUAUAUCGCCGCCUUUCUAUCUGGCAUCAUUGUCAACAGCACCACUGGCGCCCCUGCUGCUGCAAACACCACCAACGGCAACCCUCCUGCUGCUUUUCCUUCACAUGCUAGCAGCAGCAGCAGCAGCAGCAGUGUUGGUGGCGAU